GAGUAAAUAAUUGAAUUUUCAGCGAGAAAAAAGUUUGUUAGUUGGUAAAGUUGAUCUAAAUUAACUAAUUAAUGCAAAUUAAUUAACUUUAAUCCAUUUGAACAAAUAGAACGUUAAAAAGGUCUCAAGAUUAGUUGUGGAUCAUCCGAUAUAAUUUGUUUUCUUUAAUCAUCAAGAUGAAAGGUCAAUCAUUUCUCAGUUCAUUGGUCAUCUCUUUUUUUGCAUCCUCGAUGUUAAUGUUAACCUUAGUCUCAUCAGAUCUACCUGUUGAAAAUAGAGCCUCAACCAAUGGCCAAGACCCACUUCUGGUCACUGAAUCUAUUCCCGGUGAGACUUCAACUGUAGCUUAUCACUCAGGCCAUGGAUUCACUAGUACAUCGGCUCCACCCGUUGGUUAUCAUCCAGUUAAAUAUAAUCACCAAGCUAAAUCUGAUGCUCAGCAUACUUCAACCUCUAACUCUGAGAGCUCCGUUACCUCUGGUUCAUCAAGUUCAUCAAGUUCCGCCGGUCAAAAUACUAUUAAUAAUACGAAUAUUAAUACAGAUAAAGAAUACGUCUCAAUCCGAAAAAGUUCCCUGGAUCAGAUUGAUCAAUUCGCUACAAUGAUUCAAGAAUUCGGAAAAAAUAUUCAUCAGUUAAUUCGUGGCACUGUGAUUGUCAGCAAUGAUUAUCACCAUGAUGAUAAACCAAUGCCAACAUUCAAUAACAACCAAACGGCUUCCGUUGAUAAUAAUAACAAAAUAAACUAAUCGUAAUACUAUUAUAUGAUAACAUUGUCACAAUUGCAAUGAUUAAAUUGAUAUUAUUAAAAAAUGAACAAAAAUAAAAAACAAUUUCUCAUAUUUGA